GGUCCGCGUGCGAGAAGAGAAGAGAAAAGACGCUGAGUCGAGGCGCGUGGUAAACAUCGUCACCAACCUCGGAAGUUUGCCGAGACCUGGCAGCCGCUUACCAACACACCUCUACUAAAAUUCCCUGACAGUGAAGAAGUAGGCUCUGCUGGCUGGAGGCCUGUUCUCCCACAUACACACACGAUGCUGCGAACCGUAUCACGAUCUGUCGCGCGCCGGAGCCGCUCUCUGCGAACAUCGAGACCACAGCUUCUGCGCCCACUCUCCACAACGGCAUACCGCAUGUCGAGUUCCGCCUUGAAAGCCGUAGACCCUCCAGUAUCAGCAGCCCUGCCUGGCGAUUCGUUCCAAUUGCUACCGGAAGCAGCGAAAGCGGGCCAAGCUGAAGAUGCGCUCUUCGAUGAGCAGGUGCAGGCCGUGAGGGAUUGGUGGGCGUCACCGCGAUACAAGGGCAUCAAGCGACCAUACUCGGCGGAGGAUGUAGUCAGCAAGCGUGGCGCGCUCCAGCAGACAUAUCCCAGCUCCCUAAUGGCACGGAAACUCUUCAAUCUGCUCGAAGAGAAGGCAGCCAAGGGCGAGCCGGUACAUACCAUGGGUGCCAUUGACCCCAUACAAAUGACCCAGCAAGCUCCGAACCAGGAAGUGCUCUACAUCUCGGGAUGGGCAUGUUCUUCCGUACUCACGACCACGAACGAAGUCUCCGCCGAUUUUGGUGACUAUCCAUACAACACGGUACCGAACCAGGUUCAACGAAUGUUCAAGGCACAACAACUGCACGACCGCAAGAACUGGGACAAUAGGCGGAAGAUGAGUGCUGAGGAGCGUGCGAAGACACCUUACUUGGACUACAUGCGGCCCAUUAUCGCCGACGGAGACACUGGCCACGGAGGUCUCUCGGCCGUCAUCAAGCUCGCGAAGCUCUUUGCCGAAAACGGUGCAGCUGGUGUCCACUUCGAAGACCAACUUCACGGUGGAAAGAAGUGCGGACAUCUUGCAGGAAAGGUCCUCGUGCCAGUCGGUGAUCACAUCAACCGUCUCGUAGCCGCACGCUUCCAGUGGGACAUGAUGGGCUGCGAGAACCUCGUCAUUGCACGGACAGACUCAGAAAGUGGCAAGCUCAUCUCGAGCGCCGUUGAUGUGCGGGACCACGAGUUCAUCAAGGGUGUCACAGAAGAAUCAGAGCCUCUCGCCGAGACACUCCAAAACAUGGAAGCAGCAGGUGCACCAGGAAAGGAGAUCGAUGCAUACGAAGCAGCAUGGGUGAAGAAGCACAAGCUUGUCACCUUUGACGAAGCCGUCGUCCAACACCUCGAGAAAGAAGGUGCCUCCCAAUCGAUCAUCGAUGAAUACCUCAACGAGACGCGCUCCAAUCCCGACUACUCCCUCCUGAAGCGCCGCAAAGCGGCAGAGAAGUACACCAAGUCGCCCGUCUACUUCAACUGGGACAUCCCACGAACGCGCGAAGGCUUCUACCACUACAAAGCCGGCAUGGCCGCCGCCACCAAGCGUGGCAAAGAAUUUGCACCCUACGCCGACCUCCUAUGGGUCGAAACGGGCGACCCAAGCGUCGAGAAAGCCGCAAAGUUCGCCGGCGAAAUCCGCCAACUGUACCCGGGCAAGAAAUUCGUAUACAACCUGUCGCCCAGCUUCAACUGGAUGGGCCAAGGCUUCAGCGAAGACGCGCUCAAGUCGUUUGUCUGGGAUCUGGCUAAGCAUGGGUUCGUGUUCCAGCUUAUCUCGCUGGCGGGGAUUCAUAGCACCGCGACGAUUACGUGCGAGUUGUCGCGCGCGUUCAAGGAUGAGGGCAUGUUGGCGUAUGUCAAGCUGGUGCAGGCGAGGGAGAAGGCGCUGGGCUGCGAUGUACUCACGCAUCAGAAGUGGAGUGGAGCUGGGUAUAUUGACGGGAUCUUGGGUGCCAUUCAGAGCGGGAGUUCGGGAAGUAAGAGUAUGGGAGAAGGCAAUACCGAGACAGGAUUCUAG